UGAGGAGAAGAUGUGUACAUGUGGGGAAGUUGAGGAGAAGUUAUACCAGAGUAAGACAGGAGACAGUGACACCGACAUAUCUCUGAUUGCACAAGGUUUUGUAGCUCUUUGUAGGAAGGAAUACAAUAAUGCUAGAAAUAUAUUUAAACAAGUGCCAGACAGCUGUAUGAUGGUUUGUUUACCAUAUUUCCAAGCAGUGACCUGCCAACAUUUACAUAGAUAUGAUGAAGUUUUGAUCCAUUGUGAACAUGGGCUAAAAUUACUCCAGAGAAAAGAUCGCAUUUUGACCAGGCCUAGUACAGAAAUAUCGAGAAGCUUUCACCUGUUGAGAGUGACUUCCCUUGUUGCUGUCGGGGACAAACUGUCACUUUCUGUUGCCUUGGAUACAAUAGAGAAUGAACUUGAUAUAGGUGCAGAAACUGUAUCUCUUUUGAAGGGACAUAUACACUUAAAGCAAGGAGAGAUAGACAUAGCAAAGACAUGUAUAGUUGGGGAGAGUGUUCAGAGAGUUGUCCUUGAAGGUCUGAUCGCAUUACAUGAACACAGAUUCACCGAGGCUGCGGACAGGUUUGAGAAAGCUUUAAAAAUUGAACCAGAAACUGUCAGUCACCAGGUGAAUCUUGCUAAAUGUUUGUGGAAAACAGAGGACAGAAAACAAGAAUGUUUCACUAUCUUAUUAAAGGCAGCUAAACAAGAUCCUUACAACUGUGAGACAUUUCUGUAUCUAGGUCAUUACUACAGUCAGCAAGCAGAUGACAGUUCAAGGUCACGUAAAUGUUACCAGAAAGCAUUUGACCUUGACCCUAACAGUGACGAAGCGGGGGAGGCACUGUGUGAUAUUCUGAACCAACAGGGAGAAGAGGAGCAAGCUCAUACAAUUCUGACCAAUUUAACAACAAGAGCUAGUGCUGGCUGUGCUAAAUGGGCGUGGUUACGUCUAGGUUUAUACCAGGUGAAACACGAGGAUCCCUCUAUAGCUAUUGCAUCUUUCCAGUCUGCAUUGAGAGCUGACCCAAAAGACAAUCAUGUAUGGGAAUGUCUCGGGGAAGCUUACCUAGCUAGAGGAAGUUUUACAGCAUCGUUGAAAGCUUUCACCAGAGCAUCAGAGUUAUGUCCAGAUUCCAUGUACUGUUUAUUUCAAAUGGCAUCUAUAAAGCAGACAUUGGGUACAUAUACAGAAGCUAUAGAAGAAUACAAGAUUAUAUUAGAGAAGUCACCUAACUAUGUUCCUGCUUUAAAAGGUGUUGGAGAAAGCUAUGUAUUAGUUGCCAAGUCUUUAUUAUGGAAGUUCUUCCAUGGACGUGCCAGAGAUACUGCCCAGCUGGCCGUGUUACAUCUCAGCAGGGCAGCUACAAUACGUCCAGAUAUGUCAUGUUUGUGGAAGCUUAUAGGUGAUGCCUGUACUAUUCUUCAUGUUUUACCUGCACAAAACUUCAGGUUCGAGAAACCAGAUAAAGGAGUACUUACUAAACAUGAAACACUUGAAUUAGGCUCUAGAUGUUAUAUUAGAGCUCUUAAAGUUCUCCCAGAAUGCUCAUCUCUCUGGCAUGACCUUGGGGUCAACUUCAUCCACCAAUCACAGUGUAGUGAUGGGGAAUCUGCCAGAUCAUUGGCUGAGAAGUCUGUGCAAGCUUUAAAGAAAGCUAUUCAACUUGAACCUGCCAAUCAUAAACACUGGAAUGCUUUAGGAUAUGUAGCUUGCUUGAAAGUUUACAAAAAGCCAGAGUUAGCACAGCAUUGUUUUAUCAAGUCAAUUCAAGUUGAACAUAAUAAUGUGAUAGCUUGGACUAAUUUGGCAGCUCUAUACCUGAGCAAGGAUAAUGUUAAGCUAGCCCAUGAGGCAUUUAAGAUAGCACAGAGCUUGGAACCCUCCUAUGUCUCAUGUUGGAUAGGUCAGGCUAUAAUAGCAGAGGUCGUAGGUCACGAAGAUGCCAUGGACUUAUACAGACAUACAACUGAACUAGGAAAUCAUCUGGAGGGUGCUUUAGGAUAUGGUCAUUGGGUGUGUACAAUGUUACAGAAUGUAGAUAAACGUGACACGUACAUGUAUACAUAUGCUAUAGAACAGAUGGGAGCUGUGCCGUCUGCUUCAGAUGCUUUAGCAAGAUAUACAGAUCGUGUAAAGACAAAUGCUGUGGCAUAUAACAUGUAUGGUCUACUGCUGGAGAGACAGAAGUUAUACAGGACUGCUGCACAACAGUUUAAACAAGCUGUUUUUCUUAUUGAACAACAAGAUGACAAAACCUAUCUGACAGAGGUUAUGUGUAACUAUGCAAGACUUUUAUAUAAAUCAGGAGACUAUCCGCAAGCUUGUUCUGUAUAUGAGAAGAUAGCAGGUGUAUGUACAUUGGUAGACUUGUGCCAUAUGGGACUAGUAUUGUAUAAAACUGGUCAUCUAGAACUGGAGAGUUUUCAAGUAUAUACUAAAGCAGCAGAGAUGGCACAGACGGAUGGAGAUAAGUCAGCUGUACUUACUGCCCUUGCCAUGGUGUUAUACAAAUUUGGUGACCUUGGUAAUGCCAAAACAAAUCUAUUCCAAAGCUCACAGUUGUCUGAACCAUGUAUUCCUGGUUUAAAGGCCCUGUGUGCCCUGGGACUGAUACAGUCUGACCUGACCCUAGCUGAGGCUGCACUUCAUGAACUCUCCAGUCUGGGAGAUAAUCCUAGUCAUCUGUAUGAUGUAGCAUUGCUGGCAAUCGGUGUAGACAUGAUCAAGGGAAAUCUUAUUGAUGUAAAAAGAAAGCUGCAACAUUUACUACACAAAGAUCCUUGCCAGCCAAAACUAUGGCGUUUAUUAUCAGGAAUACUUCUGAAGUUUUUCCCGAAGUUAGGAAAAAGUGCAGCACAAGCCGCUAGAAACUCCCUGCUUGUAGAAAGCCCAGGAAAACAGACUGACUUUAUAUUAUUAACAAUUAGUGAGUUGAGUGCAGGUUGCCAUGGUAAUGGACAGAAUUCUGCGGAUGCUUUCCUUACAGCACAGAGAGCUGUCCGUUAUAAUCCAGAGAAUGUAGACAACUGGGCAGCGCUGGCGUCUGCUGUUCAUUCUCGAGCUAUACUAACCACAUGUUGGGAGAAAAGACUUGCCCUGUUCAAACAUGAAUACACAAUUCUGUGCUAUAUCAAAAAAGAAGAUGUCCCACUACCAUUAAAGUUUUGGUGUGCAAAGCAGCAGAUAGUGUGUACAGUACAUGCCAAUAUGCAUAAUGAAUUGAUGGAAUGUCUAGAUGAGUUAAUGACAGAUUUUGGCGGAGAAGUAGAAGUGAAGCAACUGUUUAAUGUGUUUAGUAAUGUCCUACAAGACAAUACAGGGGGCGUGGCUAAAUCUCUUGAUGAACACUCCUCCGUGUAUUUUUGGCAGAUUUUGGUAGAGAUGUACAUUAAUGCUGGAUUGAUGACGGAGGUUGAGACUACAUUGAAACAGUGUCAUUAUAAGGUGGCAAAUAGUGCAAAUCAAGUGUUUUUGCUCAAGAUGGCACAUUUGGCGUUUCAGCAGAUUCUGACAAGUUCAGAAAAUUUAGACCACUACAAGGAAGUAUUCAAUGAAACAGUAGAUCAGAUAUUGGCAGAUCACCCAGAAUGCAUUGCUGUUAACUUAAUGCAGGGAGUUCUGAAUCUACACACAAACUCAAGAUUGGCUAAACAUCAGCUGCAGAAGAUACUAGAUUGUCAUGUGACAGGAAGUCAAGGUCAUGACCUCUCUAUAGCAAGACAAGCUCUUCUACACAUACUUGUUAACUCAAAGAAAGACUCAGAACUGAUACAGGUAAUCCUGGUCGAUGCAAGACAAGCGGAGGAUACAGAAUCAUUAAAUUAUUAUAUAAAUAUCACUGCUUGAAAACAGUCAUCUGUGAUCAAUUUGAAAUAAUACCAUUUCUGAACAGUAUUGUUAAAUAUAAGAAAACUUUCAGAAUAUU